AUGGACCCAUUUGCAAGUGUUCCUAGUGUAGAUCAGAUGGGGCAGUGGGCAUUGGUUCAACUUCAACAAUACAAAUAUAAUGGAGAAGAAAGCAUAAGACGGAGAGACUACGCUUGCGCGUUCGCAUUGUAUAACCUAGCAGUGGAGCAUUGCAAUAUAUGCGGACCUUUCUUGAAUAUGCAGGAGGAACUGCCAAAAAUUCUCAGCAAUCGUUCGUUGGUUUUAAGUAAAAUGGAGGACUUUGGAUCGGCUUUGACGGAUGCUCAACAAUGCAUUGGAAUGAACCCUCUCUGGGCUAAGGGAUAUUGGCGGGCUGCCACUGCCUACAAAGGUUUAAAGGAUUUUUAUGAAGCUCUGAACAUCUUAAUACAAGGUUACAACGUGACGCUACCCCAACAUGACCAAGAAAUCACAAUAAAUUUCCUACAGGAAAUCAUCAUUAUAAUAACCCAGCUUCACAGACAUCAAGGUGACUGUGACUCCCUUUUGGCUGAACAUGAAGAAUUAAACAUCGAAUCUCUCGAAGCCGAAGCCCAAGAGAAACUUUUACAACGGCUGGCUAGCAGUCACAACUGGGAAGGCAUAAGCCUACUUAUUACCGGAGAACACAGGGGUCCCAGGAGUUCCUUGGAUUUCUGCAUUCCAAACGUUUCUGCCAAAAAUAUCUUGAUAGCUCCUCUUUUAAAGGACCUUUCUGUUUCUGACUUGAAAAGAUUUGGAAUGCAACUUGCUGUUGCGCUUCUAAAAAACGGUGCCUCUUAUCAGGAUAUCGAAGUUGGUAAUGGAACUCCAGCUCUUCAUCUGGUGCUCGUUAAGACUUUGGAAACUGGGAAUGACGGGCUAAUUAAAUUGCUCUUCAGAAAUUAUUUGGACACCCAAGAGAAAAAGGACGCAGUAGAUAGGAGUGGCAACUCAGCUCUUCACGUCAUCGUUCGGUUCAGACCUUGUAGCGAGGAAAGGAAUUCGUUACUAUUGCUUUGCAUUCAGUGUGGUUGCAACGCUUUUAUUUUUGACGAAACUGAAAAACUUCCAAUCGAUUAUUGUGAAUCGAAUGAUAAAUGCUUCGAAUCUCUGUCAAGAAUAUUUAGUGAUACUGAAGUUGUACGAGAACAUGUUGUUGAACUCAAAGAAAAAGGAAACGCUGCUAAGGAGGAGAAACAAUACGAACAAGCUCUCAUAUAUUAUAGCAGAGCUAUAAACUUGUCAAGACGAUGUGACAACUUACAAAGAGACGGUGCUGUCCUACUCACCAAUAGAUGUACAGUUUAUACGGAACUUAACCGUCUAGAAGAGGCCUUAUCAGACGCCGAGAUGGCAAUUAAUAUGGACAAUACAUGGAUGAAGGGUCAUUGGAGGAAAUCUCAGUUGCUUCGAAGAAAUGGACAGAACUUUGAAGCCUUUUCUGCUGCUAUUGUAGGACUGAAUGUAUCCGGAAUUUCCCAGAAAGACAAAUGCGAACUUGCCAUUGAAAUUGUUAAAUCAUUUCAAUACCUAUCAGAUUUGGAGAGGAAGGAAAAGUACAAUACCUUCUCAGACUAUCCAGUUGAUAUGUGGCCUUCUGUGUUACAAAGACUAAGCAAGGAGGCAGAAUGGUUAUGCAUAAAACACCUGGUUAUUGGAAUAGAACAAAAUGAUGAAGCAAAAGGUAUUGCAAGGGAUACAGACUUCAGCACUAUAAGAUACAACAAUUUAUUUACGUUCAUCAUACAGCAACAAGAUUUGAAGGCUGUUAGUUCAUGGAUUGUCCCCCUUGUCGUACAUAUCACCUCAACACCAGAAGGAAACAACUUAUUAAGAUUCAAAGAAUGGGAGGGCGACACGCCUUUACAUGCAGCAGCAAGAUUUUCCUUGAUUACUGGAAAUUCAUCAAUGCUGUUGUGCAUGGAUAAAGUUCCACAAAAAAUGAAUAUGUUAGACCAGAACGGGAAUUCGCCACUUCAUUCUGUAGUCAAAUUGCCUCAACCGUCUCAAUUUACCGCAUUUCCAGAGGUUGUGGAAAAACUUCUACAAAUGGGCGUUUCACCUGAUCUAAGGGAUGGAAAGGGAAAGAUGGCUGUAGAGUAUGUCGAUCAGUGUAGAGAUCCCAAAGUAUUUCAACUGCUUUCAGAGAAAAAUAGAGAAAUUGAUGAAUCUCUGCAGACCCUUAUAGAAAAAGAAGAGCACGUUUCCGAAAACAAACAAAAAAGGGACUCUAGUGUAGACGAAACAAAGAUUCAAACUGAGGACAAUCAAGCAGCAAUGUCGGAUUUAAAACGUGGUCAGGAUAUGAAAAAUAAAGACGAAACCAAAGUUUCCUCAAAAUUACCGUCCAAAUCUUCGGGAAAAAGUGAAUUUAAGGUUCAUAAAAAUGAAGGUGACCGGGCAUUUAAAGCGAAGAAGUUAAAAUCUGCCUUGGAAUCAUAUGGAAAAGCUAAGGAUUAUAUGAAAGCAGCAAGCAAGACUGAAAUAGUAAACCUAUUUUGCAAGAUAACAGAUUGCUUUCUUGGUCUUGAUCAACACUUAAAUGUUAUCGAAGAAGCCAGAUAUUUCAGAACAUUCAUUGAAAACUCGUAUCAGGCCCAGCUGCGACUUGGAAAAUCAUAUGCUGGUUUGCAACAGUAUAAAGAAGCCUUUUUCCGAUUACGUAAUGCUUAUGAUCUCUCUAGUAGUUUAACAGAUGUGAACUUGGAUGAUCUCUUGUUUGAAAUCGCCAGUGUAUAUGCUUCUUGUGUCAAUGAAGAGAUUGAGUACUUCGAAGUUCAAGACUUGGAGCGCUUUUGCAAAUGUGACUGGGUAAAGGCUCUCUAUAGACUGAUUCAAAACGACGAAUGGUAUGCAGCAGGGAAUGUAUUUAUGGAUUUAUCAAACUGGUGCGAGAGAUUCAAAUAUUCAUUUGAUCUCAAAAUACUUUGCAACAUAAACAAAGUGCGGGUACACCCUUGGGUUAUUCAACUUUUAGUUGAACUAUUGGAAAAUGGAAGCGACUAUCAUACACUCUUUAUAGAAAAAGGCGAAUCUUUCCUUCAUGCAUGCGUCAGACUCACAUUGGCAACUGGGGACAUGAAUUUACUUGAGAAAAUUAUCCACCCAGUAGUUGGGAAAAGCGAACAAAACAUCCAGGAUUCACACGGAAAUACUGUUCUUCAUCUUGCUGUAAGCCAGAGGACAAUGUGUGUAGAUCCACGAUUUCAAUUUCAAGUAGUUCAAAGACUGAUUGCUGCAGAUAUUAAUCCGCUUGUUUUAAAUAAGCAGAAAAAGACUGUAUCCAAAUGUGCAUCAAGAUCUUUUCCAGUUCUUUUAAAUUUCAUAAAAUCAUGCGAGGUGAGCAAGCAAGAAGAGAUAAGUAAAAGAGAAGAGGAAAAUAGACGAAAAGAUCAAAUGGUACGACAGCAAAUGGUGAUAGACAAAAAGAAACAUCAAGAACAACUAAAUCGUGAAAAGGAAAUGAGGAAGGAGAAAGAAAAAGAAGCUGAAAUUUACGAGCAAUGUGCUUUAAAAUGUAAAGCAGAAUUAGAAAGUGCAAAGCAGAAAAUAAUAUUGAAUGAAAUGCGCCUUGCAUGUUACGAUUUGAUAAGAAUUUUCAAUGCAAACAAACAUAGGUCCGACUUGCACAAGCAAUUUGAAAACGAAGCAAUUCAGCUGAUUGUAGAUGUUUUUGGAGAAAAAGAAAACCUAGAUGUUCCAGAAAAACUAACAAGAAUAAAUCAAAAGACGUUUCUAAGAAUUGUGCUAGGUCUUGCUCAUAAAGAACAUUGGAAACAAAUGCACCUUGCCGUUACUGAGUAUAGAAAACACCACGUACAAACAGAUUUGAGUGAUUUUGCUGUUGGGUUAUUUGUGGAGCAGGUCUUGGAAUGUAAAACGUUUCAAAACAGGGAAGAGCUACUUUUGGGAGUUAUUACAAAUAUGUUAAACAGCGGUGCUAUUCUACUCUCAGAUGGAAAACGUGCAAUAGAAACAGCGGUUCAGAACAAUCAUUUUAAAAUCUUGGACCGAUUGUUUGAUUUCGACGCAAAUCCAGAUCAUCUUUCUGUAGAGGAUGGAGACACUCCUAUACAUGCUGCUCUGCAUAUAGCAUUGAACAGGGACAAGGGAAAUAUGUCGUUGCUGGCUAGGUUUUUAGAAAUGUAUCAGAAAAAUCCCGGACAGUAUCCGAUGUUAAAUCCUAUGACGGUCAAUCUUUUUGGUGAAAGCUUGUUUCAUGUUGUGGCAAAGGCAAACAAUAAUGCAACUACUCUAGAAGUGACAAUUAUGCUCUGUGAAAUGGGAGUUCCUUCAAAUAUUAAAGAUCAAGAUGGAAAACUGUCUGCAGAAUACUUAAGGAGUGACAAGGAUAAACGUUUGCAAUAUUUCCGAUUAGCGUUAAAGGGGACGAAAUCUGAUAAAUCAAACAAUAGUGAUGACGUUAAUGAAGAUCAUAAAAAUGAACAAAAGACAAGAAAGCCAAAAUCUGAACUUCAAAUGCCUGACGUACCGUUGAAGAAGGAGAGAUUGAUGGAGGAAAUCAGAGGGAUGAUAGAUGAUUUACAGGAAAUAGGCAUGUACUCUGAAGAACACAUGCUGAAAAAGAGAAAAAAUGGCAAUACAAGUUCAGAAAAACAAGAAUGUAGUGUAUACAAUCAAAGAGAGACUCAAAAGAUUGAUCCAGAUUUUUUUGAAAACCAUGAAUGGGAAAUUGAGUGUACACAUGAGGCUUGGACAAAAUUACUCAACUCAUCUUUGCCACAACGCUGGAAGAUAGAUGUCAUCCAGAAACUGCAAAAUCUAGCUCUUGGUGAAUUUUCUUUCAAUUGUUGUGGGAAAAUAGACAUCACACGUCUAAAUGAAGAAAUAGAAAUUCACGAGUCAUAUCCUAUUUUAUGGGAGAUAGCAAUCUGUUUUUCUCCGAAACUAUCAGAGAGUGAUGAAAGAUCCAGAAGUGUAUAUACAGAAAUAAUAAGAGUGUGGGAUAUUGUUGAAAAUCAAGAGAAAAAAGAAGAGGCAUUGAAAAGAAUAAAAGAAUCUAUUUUAAGGGGAGAUGAGUGUAUAGUUGACAAAUAUGUAUCUUGCUCCGAAAAACUUCACCAGAAAUUUGCAAAAGGGAAAAGAAUUCCGAUGAAGUAUUUCGAAUGCUCAAAAUCCUUACAGCAAACAGAGGGAAUAAGAAAACUAUUAUUUCCUGCAAGUCAUAUUGCAACAGAAUUUCAUAUUCUGAAAUUUUACUCAUUUACAACCGAUAUGGCACUUUGUGCAAUACAGAACGUGAAUAGUAAAACAGACUUCCCAUUCAAAGUAACAGAAAACGAACAUUCUGUGAUUAAUAUAGUUUCCAAUAGACCAAUCUUGUUGUUAGGGAGGAGUGGAACAGGAAAGACAACAUGCUGUCUUUAUAGACUCUGGAAUAGGUUUGAUUGUCACUGGAGAAAAGAAAUUAAUCAAGGGAAAAAUAAAGGAGACCAUGAUGGUGAGGCUGCUGAGGAGAAUGUAGAAUACAAUAAUAUACGACAAUUAUUCAUCACCAAAAAUCUGGUCCUAUGCAAUGAAGUUAAAAAAUGUUUUCGUGAAUUAAGAAAUUCUAGUGCCAUAGGAUCUAAAAUUGUUACAAACGAUGACGAUCCUCUACCGGCAAAACUUCAAGAUCUUGACAGCAAUCAUUUUCCAGUCUUUACAACAUCGAGGAGGCUUUUACUUAUGCUUGAUGCUUCUCUUCCAGACCCAUAUUUUAAACGUGAUUCAUUUGGAAAUUUAUUGGUUGAUGUACCUGGAUGGACAAAUGAGGAUGACUCACUUAGCUUUCUUCAGCAAUAUGAUAAUUCUGAAAGUGAAAGUGAUGAUGCAUCCGAUGAGGAAGAUGGACAGUUCAACCCAAAUAAUGAUGCAGACGAAUUGCAAAAGAAACCUGACGUUAGAAAAGAAGUUAAUUAUAAUAUAUUUUCUAAUGUUGUGUGGCCAAGAAUAAGCAAAUGCAACGAGCAUUACCAUCCAUCCCUCAUUUGGAUGGAAAUUAUAUCUUUCAUCAAAGGAUCAUACGAAGCUCUGCUGAAUAAAUACGGUUAUCUCACCAAAAAGGAAUAUAUUGAACACGGAAGGAAAAAGGCUCCUAAUUUUACAGGAGAACGAGAAGCUAUUUAUGGAAUAUUCUUAAAAUACAAACAUUAUUUGAAGCAGCACUGUAUGUUUGACGAAACUGAUGUCGUUCGAAAUAUUUUCAACAGGAUUGGAAGUGCGAAUGAUGACAACUGGAACAUUCAAGAAAUUUAUGUGGAUGAGACACAAGAUUUUACUCAAGCUGAACUUUAUCUGCUUAUGAAUAUUUGUCGAAACCCAAAUAACAUGUUUUUGACUGGCGAUACUGCUCAAAGUAUAAUGAGGGGAAUUUCCUUCCGUUUCAAGGACCUUCGUUCCCUCUUCUUCCACGCUAGGGAAUCUCAAGAACACUCCACUUGCAUCAAAAUUCCAGACAAGAUCCAUCAACUGACGCACAACUAUCGAUCACAUACUGGAAUAUUGUGGCUUGCAUCUAGUAUCCUAGAUAUUCUUGUGGAAUACUUUCCUGAAUCUUUUGACGUUCUGCAGAAAGACCAAGGACUGUUUCAAGGUCCAGCUCCUAUUCUACUAGAAUCAUGUGAUGUUAGUGAUUUGGCUGUGAUUCUAAAGGGAAAGAAACAAUCAACAUCCCGCAUCGAAUUUGGUGCUCAUCAGGCAGUUCUUGUCGUAAAUGAUGAAGCGAGAGAUAACUUGCCUGAUGAAUUGCAGCAAGGCAUAGUUCUUACAAUUUAUGAAGCAAAGGGUCUGGAAUUUGACGACAUCCUACUGUAUAACUUCUUCACAGACUCCCAGGCUGGAAAAGAGUGGAGAAUAGUUACAGAAUUUUUAGAAAAGAUGAUAACCACAGAAACGCAAGCAGCAACAGGAAAAGAUACUGAGAGUCUUUAUGAAAUUGAUUACAGCGUGUUAGAAGAGGAAGGACGUCCAAGGCCUUUGUCAUUUGAUCCAAAUAGGCAUAAAGUUCUCAAUUCUGAACUUAAGCAUUUAUACACGGCAGUCACAAGGGCUAGGGUUCAUGUUUGGAUCUUUGAUGAAAGCGAGGAUAAACGUGCCCCGAUGUUUGAAUAUUUCAAAGCUAGAAAGCUUGUACAAGCAGUCAAAGACAGUGAGGACAGUGGUGACCUGAUGUUUGCUGAGGAGUCGACAACUGACGAUUGGUUACUUCGUGGCGAAGAGUUUAUGAAAAAGUCCCUCUACGAUGUUGCUGCAAAGUGCUUCCGUCUAGGAAAUGAACCUAGGAUGGAGAAAAUUGCAAAAAGUCACCAAAAAGCAUUUCUUGCGUCAAAAAUGCAGGGUAGUACAGCACUAAUUAAAGAGAUGUUUCUUUCUGCUGCUCAUGACUUCCUUGAGUGUGAAGUCCCAACCAUGGCGGGUAGAUGUCUGGAACUUGCAAAAGAACUUCGUAUAGCUGCCAAACUUUACGAAAAGACAAAUCAGUUUGAGAAGGCGGCAGAAAUAUAUCAAAAAAUGCGUUUACCAGUAGAAGGAAGCAGAUGUUUGGAGCUAGCAGGAAAAUAUAAACAAGCAAUUACCCUUCUCUGUGACGCUGAACUCUUUGAAUCUGCAAUUCAUUGUCUGAGAAGGUUUAGGAUUGAGAAAAAGAAGUACGAAGCGAAAAACGAACCAUUCCCAUGGCGUUUUCUAGACAACUCUCCAACCGCUUAUCAAACAGAAAUCCAACUGAGCUUCAAGGCAGCAGACUUUUAUCACAAGCAUGGCAAGGUAGAGAAAAUGAUGUCUUUCCUUCACCAACUUCCAGAUUUAGAUGAUAAGAUAGAGUUCUUAGCUCUUCGUGAUCGCACUGAACAGGCAAUUUCCAUACUAAAAUCAUCAGGUACAGAUGGACCUGAUCGUCUCGUUGACUUUUAUAUGAAGCAAGGAAUGGCAGACGAGGCUUUAGAAAUUGCAGAAAAUUUGGAUGGUACUUUGAGGAAUAGAUGCUACAUUCUUUACUACAACAUAAAACUCUCAAAAGUACAUGAUUUUUCAAUCUUGGAUAAUACUGAGAAAAACAAAAUGUGUCAAAAGUUAAAAGAAGUAUUUUACGCUAUGCAAGACUCCAAAGAUAAAAUCUUAGCAGGGAAUGCGGCAUUAAUUGUUGGUAAGCUAAAGAAUGACAAAGAAUUUGUGAAAAAAGCUUUUGGUGCUUUUGUUAAUAGUGAGCCAAAUCCAAGUCUUGCAGGUCAGCUAGAAUGUAUGCAUUGGAUGACCUUCAAUACUAAUCUGAACGUUCAUGGAAAUAUAGCAAAAUGUAUCUUGGGUAUGGAAACUUUUUUCAAAGCUGUUAACAUCGUGUUGAGACCCAUUAAUGACUCUGAAAGACUACAGUAUGGUGAAAUACUUGAAUAUUAUGGAUUCCACGGAUCUUUCGUUGACACAACUUGUCUUGUGUAUCCGCUUCAAAGACCAAUGGCUCUAGACAUUACUGAAGGCCUGGAAAGAACAAAACAUGUUUGUAAAGUGCCAUCAAAAACAGUUAGAAAAGAUAUUCUUCAAUUUCUUAUUAACAAUGGCAUAAAAUGGAAAGCAGAAUUGGAAGAAACUCUGAAUAAAGCAAGAUACGAGCUCUCUGAAACAUUCAAGGAAAGUUGGAAUGCAGAUGUGUUUGCGGGCAUUUUGGAAAAUGGAAUACAAACAGUGGAGCUUGAAAUGCAUAUAAGUGUUGGUUCUGAGGAGAUUGGAAAGAGAAAACAUGAUUCAAACCUGAACUUUGGAAAUCUUGAACAAAUUUCGUUCGAUAAGUGCGAGCGUUUGAUAAUAGAUAUUUUUCCAGAUGAAGGAAUAUCAGCGUUAGGACCUAUUGAACCAAUAAAAAGAGUAAAACUUCUUGAUACCAUUCGAAAGCCAGGUAAUAGAUUCUUCCAUCGUUCCUUUACAAGAUUUUUACAAAAUCUGAUUGGCAAUUACAGGGUGGACUGGAUGGAGAAUCAUGUACCAAGAUUUCUUUGCUAUAUAUUUUGUUAUGACAUUCUUGAUUUAAGAAGAUGUGAGAAUCCCGAAAGAGCCCUGAGAGACAUAGAGGAAACAGUAAGACGUGAUUUGACACCAUCCGUUGGUAAUGUUGAACAUAAAAUUGACAAAAUAGAAAACUGUGGAUUUGAAGUUUCGCAAGAUGUUGGAAAGAACUUAGAGAUCACCUCAAUCUGUAAUAAAAUGAUUUUCUCCCAAAUGCUUAUCAAAUCCCAAAAACCGAUAGAAGCGUUAAUUGCAUUCUGUAGGUUUUGUGACGAAUUGAGUGAAAGAAAUGCCAAAUUGGAUUCUCACCUUUCGCAAUUUUUAUACUGGGUAGAGUUUUAUAUCACUAUAUCACUUGUGUCAAUUACUGUUCUAUUGUCAAAGCCAAACAAUGAUUUGAAAGAAGUUUGUAUACCAGAAUCGUUUGAAUACAAUGCUAAGGCUUUGUACGUGACAUUUUCUAAGGAAGAUGAUCUUAUUCCAAAGAUAUGCAAUAAGCUACUACUAAAAAAUUACGAAAAAGAACUUUUGAAAACACCUGCUUGUCUCUCAAGACUCCUUUGUGGGACUAAAGGCAAAACAAGUCUACUAGAUUUACUAUUUUUACAAAAGAAUGACUCUAGAGCGAAAAAGAUUCCACUCGGUACAUUAUCUCAAAGAAUACUUAUAUCAAGUCUAGUCAUUUUCUGCAAUCUAAGAAGAAAAUUCCAUUGUUCAAGGGAUAUAGAGGAAGAGAUGGCAUUCAAACUUUGCUUUGGAAGAUGGAAUAAAAAUAUUCCAGAGCAAGUGAAGAAAGCCUUAACAAUUUUGAGAAAUAAACACGAACCUCGUCCAGGUAAUUUCCAAGAUGCUCUUUUGAAUAUAAUUCUGCAAAGGAAACAUGACAACCUUAGAAUUUAUACAUACCUGCAUGACCAGAGAAGAAUGUUUUCUAAGGCCUCAUUUGAUGAUACAAAAUACAGACACAAGUUCCUGAGUUACGAAACAGUAAGAAUUAUUAAAAAUCCAAUAGCAUAUUUCGAAAACCAAGAUGUUGAAUUUGAAGCCAGUGGAGAAAAAUUAGAGUCACAAGACAUUCCAAAUCGUGGUGGUGUUUCUGAAGAGGAGAUUAACAUUUCAUUAACAAGAAAUCUUAAAUCUGACCACAUAACAGAGUCUGGUAGUGAAAUGGUAAUGAAAGAUGUGAGAGAGGACAAAGAUUUCGAGCAAUGUGAUAAAAGUAAGGAUGAGAAGGAACAAAAAAGAUCAAACGAAGACAUUGCUUCAGCUGUCAUUAUCCGCUCCUGGAGAAAUUUCAUCUUCAACAAAAAAGUUCCUGAGCUAAAUAAACACCUCAGAGAACAAAUAUUCAGAGAAAAAAGUAUUGAAAUUGAAAAGCGGUUUAGCUGUUUAGAAAUGGAAGCAACAAUGUGUAGAGUUUGUAAAGUGCCCCUAAAGGGUACUGUUAAUAAAACAAAAAGAGAUGAAAUCAUUCUAUAUGAGAGACAAAACCGAGGAGAGAAUGAGAAAUCAUGUGAAAUGCAAGAGGACAUCAACAGCACUUUUUCUGAAGAGAACAAAUCCAUUGUAGAUAAUGAAACACAAGAUAAUCCAUUCCGAAUCUUGCUCAAGUGCGAUGAUAAAAGAAAUAUCCCAGAUCCUGAAAAUAAAGGCGAACAUGAAGCAAGUGAAUCUCAUCACAGAAAGCGUCAGGAAUUCGAGACAUUCAAAGACAAGUUUUGUAAUGAAGUAUAUGAUAUAAUUCAUGGUAUAGACAGAUUUAUAGAAAUAUACAAUCUACGUGAUGAAGAAAACGUUGAGAGUUAUAGUGAUAUGUCUUUCUACAUAAACAAACUGUGUAAAGAAAGCAAACAACUCGACGAACUAGUGAACAAAACUAUCAGUGACAGAGAUUGGUGUAACUGUGAUAUUGAUAAGAAGAUUAAAAGUGUUUGUUUUACUUUAUCUACCAUAAAAGAUGGCAUCAAAAAAACCGCUUUGGAAAACAAAAAGAAAAAGCAAACCUCAAGAAGUAUUGAAACGAAAGAAAAGGGAGAAAAUAACAAGACCAAAAAGAAAGAAAAGAGAAAAUUCAAACCUACAGAGAAGUUCACAUUUUCUUCGAUGUGAUCUGGAUCUUUAUAUCUGUAUAUAUAUAUAUAUAUCUAAUUUCCUUUGACAUAAACUU